UCAAGUCAAGCAGGUCAAUUUCGAGCUGCUUGCGGGUUCGUGCUUGGUGUUCGCUGGUGUCACUCGUUUUCGGGAUUCAACUAGCCGGGACCUCCCGUAACCCAGCUUCGGUCUCGGAACCUCGAGUACUCGCCUUUCGCCGACUCGGUUGCCAUUGCGAGCAGCUUCACAUCCGCGCAAAAUCGUCUGUGAGGAUCAGCUUGGAAUGGUAAAUGAACAUUUGCUUCCACAUCUAGUCGACGAGCCAUCACCACCAUGGCGCCCUCACUCACUGCCCACACGUCCUUUACGCGCCCGCGCACGAGCGACCGUGACGGUCGACCCAGCACCCGUGACCAGAGCGACAACAACUUGAUCAUCCCAAGCAGAACCUCUUCACUGCACUCUCGAAUCACCCAGCCCAUCCCGUCGACACUCAACAGCAAGCCUCAACAACGGACGCCGAAGACGCUAACCCAUGCCUACAUGGUAUGCGGUGUGGGACGAGAGCCAUCGCAAUGGGUCAAAGCUCCUGCUCCAGCUCAGGGAAAGAUUGGUCACAUGAAGGGUGCUGUGGGACAGUUUUGGCUUCCUGAGAUCCUUGGGUCCAGUCCCCGACUCGAGCAAGACAACGAAAUUGCCCGUGCCCUGCACGCUGCUAUGAGGGCUUGUUUCCCCCACGAUGUAGAGAUAUGCACCGGCCGCAGCCAGCCACACUGCGUCCACCACGCUUUUGUGCUUCAACAAGAUUCAUCCCAUACUCUGUACGGUAUCUGCCUGCGAGUCUGGUCGCGAGCCGAUGAGAAGAGAGCAGAGACUAUACGCGACCUCCGGAAGCGAACCGAGCCGGACUUCUAUGACAAUGCCGACGAAACUUAUUGGAUUCCUUACUGCUUGUCUUUCCUCUCCAGAUACCCCCUUUACAACUUGCUCGGUGACUAUCUCCGCGGCAUGUGGAUUCACUGGAACAAGGCUACCAACCUGUUCCACGCCGAGGAGGUGUCUAGGAUCUUGAGCUUUCCUGCUCCUCGCCUCAACGACUUGGUCCGUAUCGAUAUGAAGGACUAUGCUCUUUGCUACCAAUUCCCUUCUUCGCCUACUGGCUUCCAAAACUUUGCCAUGUGGCCCCUAUGGACUUGUCUGUCGAUACCCAAUAUUGUCGGUGUCAUUGAGGCCGCCAUUUCUCCAACUAGAAGAAUUAUUUUCGUCAGUCAUUACCCCGCGAUGUUGACAAUGGCAGCCGAAUCAGUCCGAUACUGUGUGCGAGUCUACGAAUGGAGUGGUCUCUAUGUACCGGUAGUACACGCUCGUCACGCCAAGGAGCUCGUCCAGGAGCCUGGCCCAUACAUUCUAGGUAUCACGGCUGAGUGCCGGUCCCUGUUCACCGCCCCUACCGACGCUCUGGUCGUUGACUUGGACCGCAAUUUUGUUCUCACCUCUAGUCCCCCUACGGCCCUCAACGCAAGCCAACGCAAUAAGUUUGUGACGAGGCUCACCGAGGCCCUCCAUGGUGAUGUGGCGCCAUCUGGUGUGCCUCAGCACCUUCGCUCCGCAUAUGGUGGUGGCAAGCUCGUACCCGCUGGUCAGAUUAUUGUGAUGCGCGGCGAGGUGGAGUCUAUCCAGGACCCCGAAUGGUGGAAUCAAGAUGCUGUCAUGACGGUCAUGGAUCAUGUCUGCGAGAAGAUGGGCCGCAACAGCGGAUUGAAGGCCGUCUUCGGAGGAACAGUCAAGAAGCCGUUGAUGACCAAGGUUUCGAUGAGACACUUGAACGAGAUUGUUCGGGAACGCAAUCAGUACUCCCGAGAUGCGUUGGAGGCGUGGCAAGACUUCAUCAACCUCAAGGGUCGCAUGGACACCGAGCUCGCCAAGGUCACCAAGCGCAACAAUUAUCUGGUCGAGGAGCUCGAGUCUUGGAAACAGCAAUUCCUCAAAUUCCAAGCAUUUACCGAAACACUCACCAAACAAACGGAGGAACUCAAGGUGAAGAUCGAGAAUCACAAGCGUGAGAACCGACGACUUGGUGGCCUCAUCGAUCAACAGAAAGACGACAAUGCCAGGUUAUCUGCCCGCUUGGCUGGUACUGAGAAGCAGCGAGAUGAUGCCCUCGAGGCUCUCGUGCUCCAGCAGGAGAUUGCUGAAGAGCUCGAGCGUGAGCGCAAGAGGAACAAGAAGGAGUUGGGUGCUCUGCAGCACACCAAUGUCACGCUUGUGCGCCAACGCGAUGAGGCCCGUCGUGUUGUUUUGCACCUGCGCAGCUUGAUCGGUGGCCAGUCUCACCACAUGGAGCACCUAGUGCAGUCUCUCACUAAGCCUGAGGAAAUUGCCGACGAUGUGGAGGACGGAUAUGAGGGGGAGAGCGUUGAUGAUCACUCCGAGGCCGAUGAGCGUCUUGCAAAGAAUCUGACUCGUGUACACAAUGCGAACCAGCGUCUGUCGACGGCGAGCUUCAUGGAUGUGGCCGACCGCCAUCUCAAGGACAAGACCGAUGCCAUUGCCCACAUCAUCCGAAACAUUGCCGAGCAAUGCCAAGCUGCCGUUGAAGGUCUCAACCUGUCAGGCGACCCCGAGAUUGAGUCUCGUCGUUCCUCUAACUCCCGCCGUGCCAGCCAGCUCUCGGCUGUGCACAGCGAUGAUGGUCACGACCACUCGGCCGCCACUUCUGAGGCAGGAGAGGAUAGCCACCUGCACCCAUCUGGUCGCACAUCCAGCAUUCCUCCCACCCCUGACUUGAUCCCAAACCGAAGCAGCACAUCCAUGUCCAUCGCUUCGACAAUGACCACGCCCGAGCGUUCAAGUCAGCAAUACAUGAUCCACAGCGACAUUCCCACCAAAAUUGUGGAAGAUGACGAAGAUAGUCUUGCUGACCGCAGCGAAAGCGAGACUGCCAUUAUUAGCAAACACACAGGUAACCUCAUUCACCGGCCUUCGGGUGCCCGGAUAAGCGCUCUGGGUGGCACCCGCUGAAAGUCGGAAUAUACCCCUGCUCUGUAUCAUGGUCUGAGAUACCAUAUUCUUCGCCCCGACUUCCUGGGGGCCCUUUUGAUUUGAUCAGCAAUACCUGUGCAUAUGUACUUCUUUACAUGUCAGUUUUCUCCAUAUUGGUCGACUAGCUGUUGUACCUGGCGUUGUUGGACUUUGUUUUGGACCUUUUUGUACUUCUCUCGUCAACUACCAUAUGUUCUUGUGUC